CAGACCAGAACAUGGCUCAGAGAGGAUCUAACCUGACGUCAGAGAACUUUUCUUGUUCCAUCUGUCUGGACCUGCUGAAGGAUCCGGUGGCUCUUCACUGUGGACACAGCUACUGUCUGCACUGUAUUAAAGCCCACUGGGAUGCAGAGGACCUGAAGGGAACCUACAGCUGCCCUCAGUGCAGGAAGACCUUCACACCGAGGCCUGUCCUGGAGAAAAACGUCCUGCUGGCAGAGCUAGUGGAGGAGCUGAAGAAGACUGGACUCCAAGCUGCUGCUGCUGAUCACUGCUAUGCUGGAGCUGAAGAUGUGGCCUGUGAUGUCUGCACUGGGAGGAAGAGGAAGGCUGUCAAGUCCUGUCUGGUCUGUCUGGCUUCUUACUGUGAGAUACACCUUCAGCCUCACUAUGAUUCACCUCCAUUAAAGAAACACCAGCUGGUGGAGCCCUCCAAGAACCUCCAGGAGAACAUCUAUGGACUCCAGGACGUUCUGAGGGACGCAUGGACAAACAUCUCACUGGCCAUCACUCACGUGGAUGUUCUACUGUCAGAAUCAGAACCAAAGACCAGAGCUGCAUUCUUACAAUAUUCACGAGAAAUCACUCUGGAUCCAAACACAGCAAACAGACAUCUGUUAUUAUCUGAAGGGAACAGAAAAGUAGAACAUAUGGAUGAAGAUCAGCCUUAUCCUGAUCAUCCAGACAGAUUCAAUGACAGGUUUCAGGUUCUGAGUAACGAGAGUCUGACUGGACGGUGUUACUGGGAGGUGGAGUGGGGAGGAGGAGAAAAAAUUCAUGUAGCAGUUUCAUACAAGAACAUCAGCAGAACAGGGAGUUCAUCUGGAUUUGGAUUCAAUGACAAAUCCUGGACUUUAAUUUGUUUCACCCACAGUUGUGUAUUUUGGUACAACAACACUAAAACUCAUACCUUUGGUAUUCCUUCCUCCAGAGUAGGAGUUUACCUGGAUCACAGAGCAGGUGUUCUGUCCUUCUACAGCGUCUCUGACACCAUGACUCUCCUCCACAGAGUCCAGACCUCGUUCACUCUGCCGCUACAUGCUGGACUUUUCCUUGAUUAUGAUUCCAGUGCAGAGUUCAUUAAAGCUGAAUAGACUGAAGUGUUCAAAGAGCAGCUGGUUCAAAUGUUUCCAGCUGAUUCAGUCUCAUUGUACACUGUAAAACACCACGGCUUGAUUUAACUGUCUGUUGGUUGAACAAUCAGCUGUUAUUCUACAGAUUUAUAUUCCUGAUAAGAUCUACUGAGAACACAGAAAGAACGUUUUCAUUCACGUGUUAACAGUAAAAAAAA